AUGAUGGCCGAGGAGUACGAAGAGGUGCAAGCCAACAGCCCGUCCGAGGAGGUCAUCCUUGGCAUCCGCGAGGGUAGCAACCCGCUCAGCCCAACGCGCCGCAAGCAUCUCGCGCCGCUCGAUCCGCCGCCCAUGGUUCCGACCGCGGACACGCCUGGCUCGUCGCCCAAGGUGAGUGGCCGCCGGGACGAUGUGCGCUGGCGCGCCGGCUGGCAGCUCACGUACGAGACGCUCUACCUGACGAGCACGCGCCAUGGCCAGCGCAUCAACCUCGCCAUCAUGGUGCUAACGAUCGUGAGUGUCACGGUCGCCGUGCUCGACAGCGUCCGCUCGAUCCGCGAGUCGUUCGACAACACGCUGCUCUUCCUCGAGAUCCUCUUUACGCUUCUCUUCUCGGUCGAGUACGUUCUGCGCGUACUCUGCUUGCGCCAGCCGCGCGAGUACGCCAAGAGCCCGCUCGGCGUCGUGGACCUCGUCUCGAUCCUUCCGACGUACUUGGUCGUCUUCGUUCCGACAGCGCGCCCGCUCGUGCACCUUGCCGUGCUUCGCGUCUUUCGCAUCCUCCGGGUCUUUCGCAUCCUCAAGCUCGCGCGCUUCCUCGAAGCGGCGGCGACUUUGGCCGACAACAUCCACACCAACAAGCGCCGCAUCGCCGUCUUCCUCUGCGCAACCUUUACAAUGAUCCUUGUGAUCGGAUGCGCCAUGUAUCUCAUCGAAGGCGAGCGCCACGGCUACUCGAACAUCCCCGUGAGCAUGUACUGGACGGUGGUGACGCUCACGACCGUCGGGUACGGCGACAUUACGCCGCAGACGGUGCCCGGCAAGAUGCUCGCGACGCUCGUCAUGUUUUCGGGCUACGGCCUCAUCGCGUGCCCCCUCGUGCUCAACGCGACGCCGUCGACCGUCUCGCUCACCGACAUGGGCUUCCGUGUCCUGCACUGUCAAACGCCCAACUGCCGGCCGUUCAUGAACCUCCACCAGGACGACGCCAAGUUUUGCCGGCGCUGCGGCCACGAGCUCGCCGAGAGCUAA